UGUCCUUCAGUGCAGUCUAUCCACCCCCCCCUUUUGCACUCCUCUCUCUUUUCAGUCUGAAAUUUGCUCAGCAGGAUGCUUUAAACAUCUGGCUGCUGUGGGUUAAAGCCAGAAUAGAUUCCUUUAACCCCCCAUAUAAAGAGAGACGGAAGAAAGAGAGUGAAGAAAGCAACAAAUGAGAAUGUAACUAAGGAUAUCAGGAAAGAAGGGAAACAUAAGAGAGGGGUGAUAGAGAAAACUGGAUUAAACUAAGGCAACAGCAGUGAGAAAAAGAGAGAGAGUGACGGAAAGAGAGAGAUAUGGCACCGUUCCCAUACUGCAGGCUGCCUUCAGGAAUUUCUUUUGGGAAUCGCAAACCACUGCUUGUGCUGGGUGUAUGUCUUCUCGCUGGAUUUAUCUACUUUCUAAGGGAGAAGAGAAUGUCUGCUGUUCCCAUCUUCUCCAUGUCUCUGUUCCCGGGAGUGGAGCAACGACGAUCAGGAUUGUAUGGUAAAGAGUUUCCUGUGAUGACACCUUGGGGUGCCCCUCUGGUGUGGGGGGACAGUGAGUCCUCGGUCUGGCGCAGAGACGAGUUUGCCCAUCUUGGUGCCCGCACUGGCUUGGCAAUCCUGGCAAUCGGGAACUACAAUCACUACUUACAACGCCUCCUGUCUUCUGCCGAACUCUACUUCCUGCUCAAUUUCUACGUGACUUACUACAUCUUGACUGACAGACCACGAGAGCUGCAUCCUCCCCUCAAGCUGGGGCUAAACAGAGAGAUGCGUGUCAUUCCUGUGGCCGAGAUGCCAGGCUGGGACAGGCUCGGUCUGCGGCGCAUGGCUUUGCUUGCAACCCUCAUCAAGGAGCAGAUAAAUCUGGAGGUGGAUUAUGUGUACUGCAUUGACGUUGACCAGGAAUUCACAAACCCAGUGGGCACAGAGAUCUUGGGGAAGCUGACAGCCACGCUACAUCCUCUGUUCUAUGGAAAACCUAGGUCCUCUUACCCCUAUGAGAAGAACCCAGACUCACAAGCUUUUGUUGCAGAAGGGGAAGGUGACUAUUACUACAGCUCUGAGUUCUAUGGAGGCCUGUGCUCCAAGGUGUUAGCCAUGGCUCAGACAUGCUCCCUACUCAUCCUACAGGACCAGGAUAAGGGGGUUCGAGCCCAGGAAUUAGAGGAGAGUUACCUGAACCGCUAUUUGAUCAACCAUAGACCCACUUGUGUCCUUUCACCAGAGUAUAACUGGUGGGAGUCACCUGGAGUCCCUGAUGUGCCCACUCAAAGGCUGCACUCUAUAGGGAGACAAUGCUUAUCAUCAGGCAACUACAAGGGAGAUACAAAUGCUUGCUGAGGAGAGGAAAGAAGAGCACAACCAGAACACUUGUGUUGAUGACAUAAAACGGGAUAUUUGACUGCUGUGAUGAUAUCAGUGUAUACCAAAUGCUAGUGUUAGAGAUAUUCUUACUGGAAUUUAUUCACAAAUGAGAGUUGCUUAAAAAAAGAACAUCCUAAUUUUGUGCUAUUGUAGCCAGUUUAGUAGCUAUUGAAUAGCUUGCUAACUAAUAGGGUAAUUUACAGGUCGUACAAGAUACUUUUGCACUUCAUUUAAGUAAAGAGUUACUUUGGUAAACAAACAGUUAAACUAGUAUGUAUUCAUCAAUUUUGGAAUAUACAUCACACCUUGGCUAAUAAUAAUGGCACCAUAAGAACCUUUUAAUUACGACCAUCAAGAUUACGACCAGCAAAAAUGCAUUCUCUGCAUUCCAGAGUUUGGGGCAUGACUGACAUUCAUGACUGACAUUCUUGUAUGGUAGUGGUAGCUCCAGAGUUAAGGUUCUAAGCUAGUGAUUGGACAGUUUUGAGUCUGAAUCCCAGGACUGCCUUAAGCAACUGUUGAGCCCUUAAACAAAACCUUUAACUCAGUUCCUUAGAUUGUAUCCUCUCAACAAUUGUAAGUUGUUGUGAUAAACUUGUGAAUGAAUGUAAAUGUACACAAAGUAGAGAUCAUUUCCAGGGACAUCUUUCGUUUGAAUGUAUGGAUUUUUUAAAUUAAGGAAAUACAAUACAUUUGCAUGUUCCUCAUUCUUCUGUCUAAUUUCUCCAGAAGCCACUCAGGACCCCUUUAAAGACUUUGAACAAGCCUUAAUAACACCAAAACAAACAUUUACUAUGGUUCUUUUAUUCCCUUAAUCCCUUAAGUGUUAACAAGUUACUGGAAUGAACUCCAGUCGUGAGCAUUGUGUAUCUUUCCCUUUAAAUGGAACAGGAAUAACCUGGUUUGCUCUGGUUAAACAAGCGACCGGCCACACCAGCUGUGUCUGCUAAGUGAUAUAGCUCAAACAUUUGUGUUUUCAUGUGAUAAGGGCUUAAUGGAGUUGGUACCCGAGCUGACUGACUCUGCUGGUCAAACAUUAACCAGACCUGCUUUUUCAUGGUCUUUAUACCUUUAAAAAAAUGACUGCUGCUCCACACAUAUCCUCUCGUGUUCAGUUCAUCUUGACUCUAUCCCAACACUGGCUAUUCUGAUAUACAGCUCUGGGAUGCAUUUGUGCGUCAUUGUGAGUCAUUGUGCACUCCGUAAACAGUGAAUUAGAGAGGGGGAGUCAUCCAUCUUGCACAGAAUAGAUUCAGUGCUUAUGGGAUUUCCACUAGCAAAAAAAUCACCACAGGGGCAGUAAUAUUGUUUGUUUGUUUCACCACCAGCACCAUAUGGUGCAAUCUUUUUCUAUUUUUAUGCCUUUUUUCCUACCUGUCCCAUAUCAUUUUUCCAUCCCAUGUGCUUCCCUCUCACCUACUUUCUUUAUAGUCAGGAAAACAUGUGUCUCUGUCCCACACCAUACUAUGGUACAGCAUACUGACUCGACAGCUUACAAGCGUGCACAUGCUCCUUUUUAAGAUUAUGUUGUCAUCUUAAAUCUGUACAAAAGUUGGAAAGAAUCCACAUUUGAUUAUAGCAUAAUUACUGUCAUUGUAGAAUUUAUACUUCCAUAUGAUCAUCAACUGGACAAAACGAAUUUAGCGUCUACAUCAUGUCUCCUUAAAAAGCGCAUUUGAAAUGAUGUUUAUGUCAUACACUGAAUAUUAAAUAUAUCCUAAGUCACUGUAGCUCAUUUCCAACAAACCGUGGUGCUCUUUUUUCAUUAAAAGCUCUGUGUCGUUUAUUUCAGUCUAGCGUGUGAAACAUCAGCUCCAUAGAAAUCAGCUGAAAUCUCAAAGCUGCACUUUUUAUAUAUAUGCAGUGCACAUUAUUUAAAAUCAUUAUCUACAAAGAUUGUGCAACCUGCAGUUGCAUAACAAAGUGUCUGUGUCGUACGAUACUCAUUUUCCAAUCACAAAGGGAAACAAAAUAAACACAAAUAUACAGAUUAUUCACU